GCUAGCAUAAUAUGUACCAUUAAACGUUAGUAGCACGUUAGAUAACAUUAAAGCUAAGUUGGCUAACCAACGCUACAGCUAGCCGUUAGUUUCCUUUGAGUGCUAACGUUAGCCCCACUUUGCCAAUCGUUAAAACGAGCUGUUGACAUUAGCAUCAGCUAGUUAGUUAUGUUUGUGGUAUGUGCGUCACUGAAAAGCUGCAUAGACAUCGUCUAGCAAUGUCUGGAGGGAGGAUGACGAACUGUCCUGCAUCUGCAUCUAAAUGCUUCAGCUCGACCCCUGUCAAAACUAGCCAAGGGAAAGACCUGCACGGAUCCAAGGGCUUGGACAACGGCGUCCUAUCCGACGAAGAAGACACAUUCUCUCUACUUUCUCCUAUCUACCAUGACAGUUUUGACAGUGAUAAAGACUUGGAGCAUAGCCCAGCUUCGCAAACUUCACCCUGGCAGAGCGACAACUCCAGACUCAGCCUUUCACCAGUCAGUUGUGAGCUCCCAAGAACACCUUCAUUGCAGAUGUUGAAUACAGCUGUGGAGCCUCCAGGUUCACCUUCUCUCAGUGCAUGGGAAAGGUGGCUGGUGAACAAAGCCAAAGAAGACCGUUUACAUUUGGAAAAACAAGCAGAGGAGGAGCAGUUACAGAAGGAAAAGAAAGCACAUGAAGAAAGGGAGCAGGGACAGAAAAAGAUUGUCAUCGAGGAGAAGAUCCAAGAAUGGCUAAAGAUGAAAAGAGAACAGGAGAAGCAAGAGCUACUUUUAAAACUGAGCAAAGAGGAGGAGGAGAUGCAGAGGCAGGGCGAGAAACAGAAGGAGAUUGAACAGAAAGCUCAACAAAAAUACAAAGACUGGCUGCAGAAGAAGAACCAAGAAAAAAUUGAAAUGGAAAAGAAGGAGAAAGAGGAAGCUGCCCUGAAGGAGGAGCAGGAGAAAGAGCGCCGCAAGAGGGCAGGCGAGAAGUUUAAGGACUGGCUGGCAAAAGCCAAUGAAAAAAGCAGAGCGAGUCCCAAAUCAUCUUCCUACCCAACAAGUCCCUACGAAAAAUCCCACCCAUCACCCAGCUUCUACAAUCCAAUCCCCUGGAAGCCGAUUCACGUCCCUCCUCCAGAAACAUCACUGAAUAAGACAUCUGGCAAGAAACCUCAGAAACAACGAAAAAGCCAACAAAGUCCCAGCACCGCAUUUAGAAUGAGAAACUCUGCGAGUGCAGCACAGGUGCUGCAGAGGAGAUGACACAGCAGACCGACGUCUAUGACUGAGCUUAGUUACGGCUCAAAUAUGAUUUCAUCCUCCACCACAGCUCCCGACCUGAGACUGCUGAAUCACAGACGUAUUUCUGUUCUCUAAUAUAUAUGUGGUAAUUAAGCUACCAUAUCUAUAUUUUAGUUUGUUAUGUUGUUAUACACUGGAGCGAUUUUGUAAUAAUGCACUAGCUCAAAUUAGUUUGUACGUAAGGAUGUCUGUUGCAGAUUUUUACAUGAUUUUACGAAAAUGUUUGUAAUUUAUUUUGAUACUUCAGUCUGCCUUCAUACCAUAGUAAUGGCUAGCAUAAAUGUCGUCAUGGCUGGACAUUUAAAAGCCUGGAGUUGAUUUUGUUUUAUCCUGUAAUUUAAUCAAUUUUGCUAUUUGGAUAAAAGAGGCAUUAUCAAAGUUA